AUGACUGUGCCUGUUCCAGAAGAGCCUUCAAGAGAGGACCGCAUCAUGUUGGCCUUGUACUAUCGGUGGGCCUUACAAUCGCUGUCCGCCAUUAGCUACCUCCACUCUCGCUCUAUAUACCUGACGUUCUUCUCGUCUACCAAUGUGUGGUUGCGGCCCGAUUACUCACUGGCUAUCUCAGGUUUCAUUAGUGUUGAUGGGCCAGAGCUUGAUGCCGAUAGUAGACGAGACGCUUGGAAAAAGGAGAAGCGGUACGAGAGACGGGAGCGAAGGGUCCAGAAAUGGCGUGCUGCCGGAGCUCCAAUCUCAGAAUAUCCUAGAGACGAGAGUGAGGGCGAGAGCGAAGACGAGAGCGACGAUAUCCCGGAAGACUUUUCCGGUGGUUGGGAUACUUGUGAAUGGGCGGGAGAUGGCGGCACUAUAUACUACGAUGACUAUCCCACGGAGUUUCCUCGAACGUUCUACUGGGCGACCUUUGUCUGGGAACUUAUGACGAAUACUCACACGGCCGAAGCGCAGUGGAAACGGGGGAUAGAUUGGGACCCGUUCUCUUCGCCUGACGGCGGCCCGCCGAAGCCAGCAAAAGAUUGGCGUGAUCAGCUUCAAGUGUUAGAGGAGGCUAGGCUUGGAAGUGUCUUGCUCAAAGCCUGGAAGAGCGAAUACGAAAGCGCAGAGCAGGCUGCCGAAGAUGUCAGAAAAAUCGCGGAGGAGAUGGGUAUCAAGAUCGUCAGCAGUUCGUCGGAAGUUGAUGACGCUUGGACGAACGUAUCCCAGCAGGAUGAAGUUGAUGUUGGCGAGCCUUGGGAGGACAUUUUCGAACUAGACGAAGCCAAAGAGAGGUGGGGCGCUCGAACGCUUAGGUUCAAGCGGCAAGGCACGCAUGUGAAUUUGCCUGUGGCAGGAUAG